UGGGAUGGAGGGACGCUGCAGUCCCCCACCCCACCCCCACCGCAGCUCCAGGUUGGCCCCCACGCCUUCCACGGGCGCCGCCGGGGACCCAGGGGGAGGAGGACUUGGGCCGCCCCCCACCCCGGGGAAGGGUCUCGGCGGCGGCGGCCGCGCUUGGGCUGGGGGGCGGGGGGUACUGCGGGCCCCGCCGCAGCCCCCCGCCCCGAUUUUAGCGGGCUGACUGCAGUCUCCAUCCCCGGGAUGGCGGGACAUUGCAGACCCCCGCCCCACUCCACCGCAGCCCCAGGUUGGCCCCCACGCCCUCCGCGGGCGCCCCCGGGGGCCCAGCGGGAGAAGGCUCGGACCGCCCCCCAUCCUCCGGGGAAGGGUCUCGGCGGCGGCGGCCGAGCGCGAUGCGACCUGCGCGGAGCUCUUUGCCUGCCGUCCACCUUCAUGGACCACCGCACGCCCCCCUUCCCCAGUCCAGCCCCUCACUGCGGGCGACUCCCCGCCCCCGGCUCUCCAUCACUUCACUCGGUGGUUUGUUUCACUAUUUUAACGGAGGAGGGGAAGAGGCAGCGACGCCUGGGAGGCGCGAGAGGGGCACUUCGGAGGCCGCGAGGGGGCUGCCGCGGUGUGGGGCGUCCCCUGACCCGACACCGCCCCUCUUGGUCUCAGAGGCAGAUGCGGGAGCCCAGCCCCACCCGCGCCGUUCCCUCCCCACGCGGUCCUCCCUGUGCAUCCAGGGCCCAGUACUUCUUGCUCUGGGACUGCCGCCCCAGCACUGCGUUCUCCAUCAGCGCUGCCUCGGCCUCUGUCGCCUUCCCUUCUCCGCGCUUCACAACUGAUGCUUCGGCGGCGGGGGGCUGCCUUGCCCCCAAGGGGCGGCCCCCCUGGGUCCCCACCCCGCGAUGGCACGGCUGAUGCUGUGUCAUCCUUGUCGCCCUCCGAGGCAUCAGGGAAGCCACAUGCAAUAUCUCUUUCUCUCAGAGGGCUCCUGUUUCAGCUCUGAAAAGCUGGGGCCCUCCUCUGAGCCGCUCGCCAUCUCCAGGGCUCCAGCCACCAGCUUCGCCCUGGCUGCGGCGGCCCAAGUUAUCACCCAAGCCCAGAGAAACCAGGCCUGGGCUGCGCUUCCUCCAUAAAGCGGCUGACAUGUUUCCACCUGUUAAUACUUUUCCUACCGAGCUUCUGAAAGGGGCCUGUUGUCAGCCUUUGGAAACAUCUCAGAAAGAUAAGGGUGAUUGUGGUUGUAAAAGACAAACACUGCACACCCCCCAAAUUCUAAAGAUGACGGGGGGCCUCUCCACUGGGGGCUGAGAACGCUACUGUAGAGUCUCCCAUGUGAGGUUUGUUAGGCAAGAUGAUGUUGUACAGACAGAAAGCUGGCUACUAUCUACUUGCUAUGACCUUCGACCCUGUUCCACUCGAGUUCCUCUGAAUACACUUGCUCACCAUCCAAAGUUGUAAGCCCAGUCCCAGGCCUUUAACUGGUGGCCUUCAGUGGAUCUCUGGUUUUCAGGACAGCAGACAGAAGUGUCGACCCAGGGAUGGAUUAAAUGGAUGGGUUCUGGCCAAGACAGAACUCUCUAGAACCAAGCAAAAGCAGUUGCACCAUUACCUCUGACUUGAGAUAAUCAGCUGCCCAAGAGGGAACUGAUUCAGCUGGCUGUUUCUCUGAUGUCCAGAGUCAUCAAAAUUAAGUUUUCAGAACCUGUUACAUUUCCCAGGGUCUGCUGUUGACAGAGGAAAACUCAACCCAGAGAAACUUUAGUAAUGGCAUUUUUCUAAGCCUCCUCUCUAGCCUCACCGCAUGCCCCCAGUUAGAUGUUGCCUUUCCUGGUCUCCCCACUCAGUGGUACGUUUCUGAGUAGGAAUCAUAUCAAAAUUGGAAUUUUGCUUGUAAUUUAGCUUAUUCUGUAAAAUACAUUCAAACCUGCAAAGCUACAUGAAUUUUUAGGACAGAUCACCUCGAUAGCAUCACCGCGGUAAUACUGGCAACCUAUUUAGUUGAGAAAACAGCCUAUAAGCAACUUUUGAAAUGAUGCUGAGCUGUGCAUUCAUCUUUUCUAGCUAAUUUAUAAACUUGGAAGUCAAA